CAUUACUAACUCCACUCCAUCACAGAGACCAACGCAGCAGGCGAGUGAAGGAGUGAGUUUUACCUCCAAUUUCGCCAAGUUCCUUUGCGAUUCUCGCCCCCCAAAAUCCCUAAAUUCCCGCACAUAUACACUCACCUUUCUUCAUGAUUUCACAAUCAUCCUUUUACUCCACUCAAUUUCUUCACAGUUUCAGGUUUGGGAGAGGAACAGUGCUUAUCCACAUUGCAGAGUGAUUGAAUAUUCCCCAAGCUUAGAAUCCUCUUUCCUUUGAAGCAUAGCUACUGUGGUGCUGUUGGAGGCUCCAUUUCAAAAAAUUUUCAUGUAGCAUCAUCUAUUUUUUGUUGAUUAGUUGAAGAGUGUGACACGGAUAAUUUAGGCUAAAUAAAGACGUUGGGAACCUUGAACUAUGGGUUCUGUUUGUUGCUGUCUGAGUUUUGAUGAUUUCGAAGAUUAUGUAAAUCCAAAUAGUUCUGUAUAUAGGAACUGCGUCUGUCUCAGUUGCUUGAUACAGAACCUUUUGAACGUGUAUGCAUCAAUAUUCCGCAGAGGGGAAGUUCAUUCAGCUCCUUCAUCCAUUCAGGGGGCUGCAUCCAUGACCUCUGCAGCAUCACUUGAUAAUUCUCUAUCGGACAUGUACCGUUCUCCUCCAAGGCCAUUACCAUAUGAUGCGGAUUCGAGGUUUUUCCGCGCACGUGAUGGGCUAGUUUCAAGGCGUGAGAAGGGUUCAAGUCAUUCAAAUGAGGAAACAGAGCCUUUAAGAAGUAAUACAGACGUUGAUACAGAAUCUCUGAAUUCAGGAGACAAAUGGAAUGAGUGUGCCUGUGAAGACGGGUCAAAAGAAUACCGUUCGAAGUCCUCACUAAGAGUUUCAUCAGCAAAAUAUGCAACUGGAGUUGGCCUUGUCUAUGCAUCAUCAGAAGAGGAGGAUGUCUGUCCGACUUGCCUUGAAGAAUACACUACCGAGAAUCCGAAGAUAAUGACAAAAUGCUCUCACCAUUUUCAUCUCGGUUGCAUUUAUGAGUGGAUGGAGAGAAGUGACAACUGUCCAGUUUGUGGAAAGGUGUGAUGAAAAACAUAAGCCAUAAGCACCCUUUUGCAAUUUACGUGAAACUUGAGUCUUGAGGUUAUGACAAAAUAUUCGACUCUGGCAUUGCAAUUUUAGUAUGUUGGUACAACUGUACUAUUUAUUUUUUUCUCAUUUUUUUUUAAAAAUAAUUUUCUGGGGACUAGUGUUAGCUCUUAUGAUGAUGUCUACUGAAACAAACAAUUGCAUAAACAGCAUAUUGCAGUUUGGACUCUCCAUAUCUGUUGUGUGUACUAACUGUCAAUGUUUGCUCGUGUGCCGCUCAAUUUAUUUGGUUCAUUGGAUGCUAGAAAGAGUUUGGGCUAACCUGCCUGAGUUAUCGCUGCUUUAGUAUGAUUCUUAUUAUUUGAGCUGUGUAUGUAUUUAUUUAUAUUUAUGCUCUCAGUAUGAUUGUUAGAUCGUUGUGUUGGUUGAACUGUUGAAGUAUUACUCCUUCCUCCCCUUUUUUAAUGUUACUAUGAAAAUUUGAUACAUCAUUAGAUAUCAAUGUAUUUGAAUAUCCAGAUACCUUGAUAUCCAUUUGUGUUCUAAAUUUUCACAAUGACAUAUAAAAAAGAAACAGAGUGUAAAAAUAU